AUGAAGUGGGAGGAUAUCAGCAAACAUCUGCCAGGCCGCAGUGCAAUCAGUUGUAGGCUGCAUUACCAAAACUACCUCGAAAGGAGGAGUGAAUGGGACGAAGACCGCAAGAAUAAGCUCGCGAGGUUGUACGAACGAUUCCGUGCUGAUAUGUGGGCCAGAGUGGCUGAAGAGAUGGCCAUGCCAUGGAGAGCUGUCGAAGCAAUGCACUGGCAGAUGGGCGAACAUGAGAUGGCCAAGCGCGCCGGCGUGACACCAUUUUCUCUGACCAACCCUUCCAGCGUCUACGAUUCCGGCAACAUUGGUCUUGGGCCCGGUCCGCGUUCUCACCUGCGCCAUGUCGGUCCAGCUCCGCGUCUCCGGCGUGAGUCCAUGCCUCCUGAAGCAGCUUUCCACGGGACCCCGCAGUUGCCCUCGUUGGCAGAACUUACCGCUGGACUGCCUGCGUACGCGACUCCGCCCUAUCAGCCUUCAGAUCCCUUUCACCACCACCUGUAUAACCACCCCAAAGGACGCAAUACACCCUUUCGAUGA